AUGCACCUUUCGGUCGUGGUGAUAGAUGGUGUACUUUAUGAACUCGUACUUGCGGAAGCAGAAGAUUUUUUGAGGCAUUAUGAGCAAAGGUCUAGUGGUAUUGAAAAGCAUUUGCAUAAUGGCAAUAAUUAUAACAAUGUUAUCACCAACAAUAUUGAUGAUGUAAACAACAAUCAUACCAAUAGUGACAACUUUAACAACAACAUCAACAACACCAACAACAACAUCAACAACAACAUCAACAAUAACAACAACAACAGUGCCAACACUGUAGAUACCAAUGCUACAACCCACAGCGCAAAUAUCAGUUGCAAUUGGAACAUCAUCAAUAGUGACAACCCUAACAACAACAUCAACAACACCAACAACAACAUCAACAACAACAACAACAGCAUCAACAAUAACAACAACAACCCACUUGCAAAUGGAACAUCAUCACAAGAAGCAAGAAGAACCACAACCCUUGUGUCUCAUGCUUAUCUUAUCAACUCUCCUGUGCAGGUGCACAGUUUUAUUUUUUUUUUUUCAUUACAUGAGCUGGGUAAGAUCUGCAUGCUUGGAGUGCUGAGUUUGUUCAGAAGAGAUAUAGUCUCCAUGGCUACAACCUAUUUAUCGGGAACUCAUUCAGUGGCUUAUGUCACUGUUCCCAAUGAAGAAGUCGGUCAAAAAAUUGCUAGACUGCUGGUAGAAAAACAAUUAGCAGCAUGUGUCAACAUGAUGCCCAGAGUCAAAUCAAUAUACAGUUGGAAAGGAAACAUUGAGGAAGAUAAUGAAUUGCUGUUGAUUAUAAAAACAAGAACAUCUCGCAUUGACGACCUCUCAAAAUUCAUCAGGGAGAAUCAUCCUUAUGAGGUUGCUGAAGUUAUCAGUAUGAAGAUUGACAAUGGAAACCCUCCAUACCUUGAUUGGUUGUCACAAUCUGUUCCCGAUAAAUAA